AUGUAUAGAUUAAGUAACACAGUGAUAGGUUUCUUGAAUCUUUUCACUCUCUUAGCCUCAAUCCCAAUCAUUGGUGCUGGUUUAUGGAUGGCAAGAAGUAGUACAACCUGCGAAAGUUUCCUUCAGACACCACUUCUGAUCGUGGGAUUCAUAAUUCUUAUAGUAUCACUUGCUGGAUUCAUUGGGGCUUGUUUUCAUGUUGCAUGGGCACUUUGGGUGUAUCUGGUUAUGAUGUUGUUGCUUAUAGGGACUUUGUUAGCCUUGACUGUGUUUGGAUUUGUCGUUACGAGCCGGGGUGGUGGUGCCGUGGUGGCCGGUAGGGUUUACAGUGAGUUCCAUCUUGAUAAUUAUUCUUCAUGGAUGAGGAAAAGGAUUAAGGAUCCUCAUUAUUGGAUGACUGUUAAGAGUUGUAUCUUGGGUUCAAAGGCUUGUGCUAAGGUUGUUUUGUGGACCCCUUCUGAUUAUCUGACCAAAGACUUGUCUCCAAUUCAGUCAGGUUGCUGUAAGCCGCCAACUUCAUGCAACUAUGCAUCAACAAUGGUGGCACAAGAGUCUGACUGCUAUCGCUGGAACAACGAUCCGAACGUUCUGUGCUACGAGUGUGAUUCGUGCAAGGCCGGAGUUCUCGAAGAUGUAAGAAGAAAUUGGCACAAAAUUUCAGUCCUCAACAUUGUUAUGCUUAUCGUCCUCAUUGGAAUCUACUGCAUUGGCUGCUGUGCUUUCCAAAAUGCGAAAAGGGCUGAAUCGGAUUACCCUUAUGGUGAAAACCGGAUGUAUAAAUCCCGUCCCAGAUGGGAUUACCAUUGGAGGAGAUGGAUUCAUGACAGGAGACAGCAGCUUUAUUAG